CCGUCCCAAGGGAGCGGUCGAGUCAAUAUGCCCCGUUGUCCUUCGCUCUGUGGAUACAGAAUAGAACGGUCCGGGCGAUAUAAAAGGCAGAAGCACACCGAGCUUGGUCCAUAGAUAUUUCAUUCGCCAUGGCGGGAGUCUCUGUCUUGCUGGUGCCGACGGCACUUCUUCUUGUAACCGUGUAUGCAAGUCCUCAACGUACCGGUUGCCCGGAUGUUGACCCUGCCCUGGUUCGAUGGAAUCCUGGCCAUGACCCCUCCCGACGAGAGGUCAUCGGACAAGGUCAAGUUUACCUUCUGGAGUCGUCUGCGACGUUCUAUUCCCUGGAGGUCAAAGAUGGAGGAAAGCUGGUGUUUGCCGACGAAGGAAAGAACAUUGUCUUGCGAACGCGGAGCAUUCUGGUCCAAGAUGGCGGCGAACUCCACAUCGGAAGUGAGACAUGUCCCUACCUAAGUGACGUCACGAUUUCUCUCUACGGCAAGUCCGACGAGGGGGAGAGUCAUCCCCUCUUUGGUAAAAAGUUCUUCGGAGUAAACAAAGAUGGAGUGGUCGAGAUACACGGAAAGCCGAAACUGUCAUGGACGCAGCUUACCGCUACGGUCAUGUCGGAGGGGCUACCAAAAGGAGGGCAUCACUCCGGUGUUGGGCAUCGCGGGAUUAACCUUAGAGUAUUGGACGAGCUGACGGGAGAGGUGGUGGAGAACUCCUGGUACGAUACCUACAUCAACAUGGAGGAUAGUAAGAAGCUGUCCGCGGCCCUCAACGGGGUGGCUGACGGCAAGAUCAUCAUCAUGGCGGUCAGAGACGAGGGUUCGAAAAGUUUGGGUACUGCCGCGAAGAAGGCCAUCAGAAGUCUGGGCAGUAAAGAGAUAGACAAGUUGUCGUACAGGGAACCAUGGGUAUUCCUGGGUGUCAAGGGCAACACGAGUGCUGCUAUGGAGAAAAGACUGUCUUACAAAGACGCACACCGUACGGGAACUGCAGGAGUAUCCCGGAUGUUCACCACGCCCUUUGGAGCAUCUUUCAAGAUAGAAGCAACAAGUUCCUGGUCAAAAGGAAAGUCAGACUUCCACAUCUCGGUCACCGGAAAGGUAGCCGACUACGUCAUCAACCUGAACGAUGACGUCACUUCCUGGCAGCCCGGGGAUCGGAUCGUACUGGCCAGUACAGAUUACUCCAUGGAGCAGGCGGAGGAGUUUGAGUUGCUUCCGUGUCCGGAGUGCUCCAAAUACCAGGUCAAGAUCAACGGAAAGCCGAAGUACAUGCACUUCGGUGAGAUCUCAGACGGAGUGGACCUGAGGGGUGAGGUCGGACUGCUGUCCAGAAACAUCAAGAUCCAGGGCGAGGUCGAGAGUCGUUGCUAUGGAGACAACUUCUGCCAGUUCUUCGAUUACGACACCUUUGGUGGCCAUUUCAAGGUGCUCGGAGGGUUUAAGAGCGUGCACCUGUCGGGAGCAGAGUUCUUACGCAUGGGUCAGCAGAUAAUGGGUCGGUAUCCCGUACACUUCCACCUGGCUGGUGACGUAGACGAGAGAGGCGGUUACGUCACACCGACCUACGUCAGAGACCUGUCCAUCCACCAUUGCUUCUCUCGAUGCGUCACGAUUCACGCGACCAAUGGGCUGCUGGUACAAGACACCGUAGGCUACGACACCUUAGGUCACUGCUUCUAUCUCGAGGACGGCAUCGAAGAGCGGAAUCGGCUGGUGCACAAUCUGGGGCUAGUUACCCGACCCGGCACCCUUCUGCCUACGGACCGGGAUGGCGUCAUGUGCAGGGACAUCAGGACUGGGGUGUUCGGGGACUACAUACCGCUGGGGAGCGACUGCAACGCCGUGUCGACAUUCUGGAUCUCCCACCCCAACAACGACCUCGUCAACAAUUCCGCGGCAGGGUCAAUGGACACGGGUAUCUGGUACAUCUUCCACGAGGUUCCCACGGGUUUGUCUGAAGGUCUUCACCUGGACCCCAGCACCAUCUACACACCGCUGGGCAGGUUCUAUAACAACAGGGUUCACUCCAACGACAGGGCAGGCUUGAUGCUGGAUUGCGGUGUAAAAACUACGCACCCAAACUCACAGGACCCGCGGGAGUACCUGGCCAUGGAUAAGGGCAGGUACGCCCCCCACGAAGACGGAGACGUGUCCAAAGCCAGAGUGCCGGCCCUGAUAGAGGGGCUCAUCGCCUACAAGAACCACAAUGACGGGGCCUGGGUUCGGGGCGGCGAACUGAGGCUGGAUAAAUGCGCUGACGGAACCUUCCCCAGCGAUGACGGCUCCACGCAGCAGGUGUGGAACAGCGUGUUUAUCGGGGAGAGCGCGAACGUGGGAACCGACGCCGGCGGUAACAAGUUCUACGGCACGGGAGGAGUGGGCAAAAGCUGGCGGACGUUACCACGAGGCAGCGACUUCCCGAUGCGAGGCCUACAGAUAUACGACGGCCCGACCCGGGUACUGAACUGUACCUUUAAGAAGUACGCUCGUACCGAGGACCGGCUGUCCAGCGCUAUCGGGUUCCGACUGGACAACACCUGGCAGGGAUCACCCAAGAACAACCUCACCAGGGUCAAGUUCGAGCAUACCGUCUCCAGAGUGUAUUACGGGCACCCCGGCCCCUGGUUCGGUUCGAACGAGAAAGAUGGCGACAAGACGUCGAUGUUCCAUGACCUUGACGGGACGGUCACGGGGUACCGUGAUGUUUACGUCACCAGGAUCGAUAACUGGAUCGCAAGGAAUCCUGGGUGCGUGGAAAAGCCGGACUGGAAGGGAGUCAUCUGUAGCGGGAAAUACGCACAGUUGUACGUCCAGGCCCGAAACCCCCACACCAACACCAUGUGGGUUCGGAGGGACGAGUACCCUGACCACCCCCUCAAGCUGCACGGUGCACUCGUCGACGCGCACUACCAACAGUACCAGCCCGUAGUCAUGCUGGAGAAGGGCUAUACCAUUCACUGGGACGGGAUGGCGCCGGCUGAGAUCACCAUUCACCCCAUCAACUUCGACAGAGACGACUUUGUCCGGCUGGGCCUGUGCUACCCCCCGCGUACCCAGUUCCAGAUUAUCUACCAGCUGUGGCAGAGGAGCCCGAAGAAGUUCUACGGAGACGAGGAGGUUUACCCGGCCUUCUCUGUGGACGACAUUGAGAACAGCGUCGGCAACUCCUACUUCUUCGACGAAAGUACAGGGUGA